UUACAUACAAACAUAUACAUAUACAUAUGCAUACAUAUAUAAUCCCCAAAUAUUGAGCCGCAAAACGAACACCAACAAAAUAGCGGCAAAGAAGACGAACAGACGGCAGCAGCAGCAGCAGCAAAAAUCGGGAGCCUGGUGGUUAGCAGCGAGGCACGUCCAACGUACAACGAGUAAAAUGAAUAUGCUACAUAGUUUCAGCAGCGGUGGCACCUCCAACGCCAACAGCGAUGCCAACAACGAGUGCGAGCUGAAAGAGCGUCUGAUUGCUAGCGUUAAGAAGGAGGUGAAGCAACUGAUGGAGGAAGCUGUCACCAAGAAGUAUAUCCACGAGGAGAGCAGCUCGGUGACCUCGCUCUGCGGCGCCGUCGAAGCCUGUCUCAGUCACGGCCUGCGCCGUCGUGCAUUGGGCUUGUUCAAGACGUCCUCGACGACAGCGCUCAUACAGAAGAUAGCCAAGAUUUGUCCAGAGGCAGACUAUGUCAGCCGUCGCCUAUUGGAGCUGGAGCUGGCCCAGGAGAGUCAUGUGGUUACCGGCAAGCGCUCGUCCUCCAGCAGCGACAGCAUCAUCAAGCCCAAGCUACUCAGCAAGGGCAGCAACAGCAGCAGCAACUCCGUGACGACUAUCAAUACGGUCGUCCCGCUGUCGGGCGCCAAUGGUGCUGCCACAGCGCUGGGCAAGUAUCUGUGGAUACGUCUGGCUCUCUACGAGAAGCGGCUGGCCAAGAUUAUUGAGCAUCUGGUGAGCAAUGCGCAAAGCUACUACGAUCGCGAAGCCCUCGUCGCCGAUCCCGAUUAUGGUUCCAUACUCAGCUCCCUGCUGGUCGGCCCCUGUGCCCUGGAGUUCACGCGUGCUAAGACUGCCGACCACUACUGGUCUGAUCCCUGCGCAGAUGAGCUGGUGCAGCGUCAUCGCAUCAGUUCAGGCAAUCGCACGCCACCCACCUGUCAUCGGCCCAUCAUCAAUUUCAAGCGGAGCCUGCACACCAGCUCGGAGGAUACGAGCAGCGGCAGCUUCAAGGCCUGCUCGCCGGCAAGCGUGGCCAAGGAUUAUGUGGAGUCGUUGCACCAAAAUUCGCGUACAACCCUGCUCUAUGGCAAAAACAAUGUGCUGGUCUUACCCAAGGAUGUCGCCGAACCGAUGCCGGGCUAUCUCAGUUUGCACCAGAGCAUCCAAUCCCUAACGAUUAAAUGGACGCCCAAUCAAUUGAUGAACGGCUACAACGAUGGCGAUGGCAGCGACAAGAGCUUCUACUGGGGCUAUGCGCUCAACAUCAAUGUGGAUGAGAUUGUCUAUGUGCAUUGCCACCAGAAUCGUGGCGGCGACACUGGCGGCACCAUCAUAUUGGUUGGCCAGGAUGGCGUACAGCGUCCGCCCAUACAUUUCCCAGAAGGCGGACAUCUGCAGGCGUUCCUCAGCUGUCUGGAGACGGGUCUGCUGCCACAUGGCCAACUGGAUCCGCCACUCUGGUCGCAGCGCGGCGUUGGCAAGCUCUUCCCCUGGCCCAAGAGCGUGCGACGGCAUAUUCUGCCCUCGGUAAUGGAGUCAUCCAGCGAUGAGACGCCCAUCGAUUAUGUGUUUCGCGUGGUCAGCAAGAGUCAGCACGAGGAGUUCCUGGCAACACAUCCCAUACUGGAGCUGGGUCGUUCCAGUCCACGACGCAGGCAUCUUGGCAGCUGCUCAACCACAGGCAGCAGCGAUUGCUCCAGCAAGAGCUUGUCCAUUGACCAGAGCAGCAAUCCGGAUCCACCAUUGAUUCAGGCCAGCCAAACGGCCAGCAUCGAGCUCGUCUGCUCCACGAUGCGUCGCCAGAUCAUCUCGCGCGCCUUCUACGGCUGGCUGGCCUACUGUCGCCAUCUAUCCACGGUGCGCACGCAUCUUUCUGGCCUGGUCAAUGGUCGCAUCACACCAGAUUUGGCGGCGGAUGAGGAGGGUCUAACUAGACAGAAAUGGCAGGCGAUGCAUGUGGAUGGUGUCGUUGCUGGUGAACUGGAGCUGUAUCGUCUGGUCUACUUUGGCGGAGUGGAGCACGAGCUGCGCAAGGAGGUGUGGCCCUAUUUGCUUGGACACUAUGCGUUCGGCUCGACGCCGGCAGAGCGGGAGAGGCAGGACGAGACCUGCAAACACUACUAUGAGACCACAAUGAGCGAAUGGCUCGCCGUGGAGGCAAUUGUACGCCAGCGGGAGAAAGAGAAGACGGCACUGGCGGUGGCCAAAUUGAGUGCGGAGCAGGCACGACUGGCGGCCAAUGCAAAUGAUAAUGCUUCGGAUAAGCGUUUACCCAAUGGCAAUAGCCAGCGACUGGUGCUGCAGAUGGAGUUGACCGGCGUGCUGGUCGAGGGCGAGAACGAUGUAUUUGAUGACGAUAACGAUUUCUCGGAUAUAUCUGAUCCGGGUGAUGAGUACGAUGAUCAGAGCCCAGAUGGAGAGCAGGAGCAGCAGGAGCAAGAGCAGUUACAGCAAGUCGUUAUGGAAGUGGAAGCGGAAGUGCAACUGGAAGUGGAAGUGGAGGAGGAAGAGGACGUGGGAGUGGAAGAGGAAGGGGAAGAGGAAGAGGCGACAACUGAAAUGAAACAGCUCAGUGAACAGGUGGUGCUAGAGUUCCAGAAUAUUGAUGACAUGGAGCCGCUGCGUUUGCAGGAGAACUGUUUUGGGGACUCGGAAACUGAGGGUGAUCUUGGCUUGACCCUAGACUGCAGUGGCAAUAUCCUGAUGCUAAGUAUUAAGAGCUCACCGUCCACCAGCAGCUACGAGACAGUGGGCAAUGAGUUCGCCGAUCUUGCCGAUGCCAAGGCUUUAGACGAGGAGGAAGUGGACCCAGCCGCAGAGCCAGAAUCGAAUGCAGAAACAGAUGCAGAGCGCUACGGUCAGCUAAGUAAAUUUCACAGCGCCGACGAUCUGCGUCACGACGAGGAACAUCCAGCAACGGCGGUAAUUAUCACGGAAGCUGCCUCGCUGGAUGAUCUCGACGUGCAGUGCAAUGACGACGAGCCCACCGAAGAGUUUACAUCACGGAAAACGAGCCUGAUGUCGCCUCUUAACGAAGACAUCACAGUCGUCGCCUCUUUGGAUGCCCUCCAGGAGCCCAAGUCCGCCUGCGUCUCACCAGCCAGCUCCAAUGGUGGCGUCUACAGCGUGGAGCUGCUGGAGCAGUUUGGCCUGAAUCUGCAUCGGAUCGAGAAGGAUGUGCAGCGCUGCGAUCGCAACUAUUGGUACUUUGCCAACGAGAAUCUGGACAAGCUGCGCAAUGUGAUAUCCACGUAUGUGUGGGAGCAUCUGGACGUUGGCUACAUGCAGGGCAUGUGCGAUCUGGUCGCUCCGCUGCUGGUCAUCUUCGAUGAUGAGUCGCUCAGCUACAGCUGCUUCUGCAAGCUCAUGGAGCGCAUGAUCGAGAACUUUCCCAGUGGUGGUGCCAUGGACAUGCAUUUUGCCAAUAUGCGCUCACUCAUUCAAAUACUCGACUCGGAGAUGUACGAUUUGAUGGACUCGAAUGGCGAUUAUACGCACUUCUAUUUCUGUUACCGCUGGUUCCUCUUGGACUUUAAGCGCGAGCUCAUCUAUGACGAUGUCUUUGCCACCUGGGAGGUCAUCUGGGCGGCCAAGCACAUUGCCUCCGGUCAUUUUGUGCUCUUCCUGGCGCUGGCUCUGCUCGAAACCUAUCGCGACAUCAUUCUGUCCAACAGUAUGGACUUUACGGAUGUCAUCAAAUUCUUCAAUGAAAUGGCCGAACGACAUAAUGCCCAAUCGAUUUUGCAGCUAUCACGCAGUCUCGUCCUGCAAUUGCAGACAAUAAUUGAGAAUAAAUAGGUUGCUAGGGAAACACAAAGUUGACGCGAUUCGAUACUAGAUCUGGCUUUAGCUUCUUAGCUUAUCUGGUUGCAUACGUGCGUGUGUGUGUGUUGGUGCGUGUGUCUGUGUGUGUGUGAGAGUAUGAAUGUGUAGUAGAGUGUAGAGUGUAGAAUGUGUAUUAGAAAGUAGAGUGUGAUUCACAGCAGUUAUAAACUAGCACAUUGUAGGCUCAACAAAUCGGUUAGCGCUCGGUUCUCAAUCACAUGCAAUAAAAUAGCAUUCGUACUUCCUAAUCAGUAUUGGCGUUGUAGUAGAGAGCACCUAAGAAUUGCAUACUAGUUAUACGAGAGUGCCACUUGGUGCUGCAUGAAUCGAACAUACACAAAUACAUAAUAAGAGAUAUAAUUGCUGUUUCAAACACGGUUUAGAAUGUUUUAUAUACAAAUGGUUACUCCAUUGGGGAGUAUGAAAUGCACAGUUCGCACACCGAUCGCUCUUGGGGCAGUUGUUAGUUAGUUAUCAGUUAUCAGUUAUCUGUAAUCAGUUAUCGAUCCAAUUUAGAUAACCGGCUGAGUAUCGUUUUAGAAGCGCAUCAACUCAGCACGUUGUUGAACAAUGAAUGAAUACCAAAUUACAAUUACAAUGAACAACAUUUUAUUAAGUCAAAGACAAAUGCAUAACGAAACUAAGCCAUCAAAAAAAUGUAGUGACCUGAAAACAAAAACACAAAAACACGCAGUAAA